AUGUCUGCUCAUGACCACGCGGACUCUGAAGAGCCUGCCAAAAUGGAGCGGCACUCCCCGGUAAACGGCAAUCAUUUGAAAAACGGCGACUCGCGUACCUCCUCUCGAUCGCCUCUCCCCCCGAAAAAGGAGUCCUCCCCCAACUCCGACCCAUCCGAUACAAUGAAGGAAAACAUCGGCGAGAUCGUCGUUAAACAGGAACCGGGCCAACCGCUCAAGCUAUCUCGAAGCUCGUCGCAGAAAGUCGCGUCGCGACCUCCGCCGCUGUACACGCACCUGCCCGAUAGCACCCAGGAUGCGCUCGCCACCUUCGAACAGAUCCCCGGCUGUAUCUACGCCAACAAAUACAUGGGAUACACUGAACAUGCCAUGGAAUGUGAUUGCGCUGAAGAGUGGGACCCGAAGAUUGGUCAGAAUAUCGCAUGUGGCGAGGAUUCGGACUGCAUCAACCGCGCGACCAAGAUCGAAUGUGCAGGCGACUGCGGUUGUGGCUCCGACUGUCAAAACCAACGGUUUCAAAAAGGACAGUUUGCUCCGGUUUCCGUUAUCAAAACAGAAAAAAAGGGAUUCGGCUUACGCGCGGAAAAGAACCUCGACCCGGGCGAAUUGAUUUACGAAUAUGUUGGUGAGGUCGUGGGAGAACAGCAAUUUCGAAAGCGCAUGAGACAGUAUGAUGAGGAGGGCAUCAAGCACUUCUACUUUAUGUCCUUGAACAAGGGCGAGUUUGUCGAUGCGACCAAGCGAGGCAACCUGGGACGAUUCUGCAAUCACUCGUGCAACCCCAACUGCUAUGUGGACAAAUGGGUCGUGGGCGAAAAGUUACGUAUGGGAAUAUUCGCUGAACGCGCUGUUCAGGCCGGCGAGGAGCUGGUUUUCAACUACAAUGUUGAUCGAUAUGGUGCCGACCCCCAGCCCUGCUAUUGUGGGGAGCCGAUGUGCACGGGAUUCAUCGGCGGACGCACUCAAACUGAGCGCGCGACCAAGCUGUCGAAUGCAACUAUCGAGGCUCUUGGUAUUGACGAGGCCGAUGGCUGGGAUACUGUGGUGGCGAAACGCCCAAAGAAGAAGAAGAUGGAAGAGGACGACGAGGAGUAUGUGGACAGCGUGCAGCCCAAGUCGCUGGAUGAGGAUGGUGUUACCAAGGUCAUGGCGGCUCUUGUGCAGUGCCAGGAGAAGUGGAUCGCGGUCAAACUGCUAGGCCGUAUCCAGCGCUGUGAUGAUGAACGCGUUCGCAAUCGCGUGGUCAGAAUGCACGGAUACCAGAUUCUGAACUCCCAGCUCGCUCAAUGGAAGGAAGACCAGAACGUGGUUCUGCAGAUCCUGAACAUCCUGGACGGGUUCCCGCGACUCACUCGAAAUAAGAUACAGGACUCCAAGAUUGAGACGAACAUUCGGCCGUUGACGACCUGUGACGAUGAGCGCGUCGCGAAGAAAGCAGUCGCCCUUCUCGAGAGCUGGGCGGGUCUGGAAGUCGCCUACCGAAUCCCGCGCAUGAAACGUGGCAAGGAUGCGAAGCAGGCAAUAAACCAGUUCGAGCGCCGCGAAACUGGACAAGAGCAGCGCCAGCGAUCUCUUACUCGCUCUCCAUCUCCUGCUUACGAUCCUCCUCGUGGACCAGCGCAGCAGCGAAGAGACCGAGGUCCUCAGCGGCCCAGACAACCCAACCGUCGUGGUCCUCGGCCACUGCCUGAGGGAUGGUACACUGCAGAGGCGGAGGGUCGCGUUUACUACUAUUCUGCAUCAGGCAAAACAACCUGGGAACGGCCAACUUUGCCUGCUACUCCCGCUACUCCUGCGCCGGGUCAGCCUGCCAAAAAUCAACAGAAUUUGGCAUUGCAGAGUAUCAUUGACGGGAUUAUGAACACCCAGGAGGACACACCCUCUGAGCACCGAACUGAUACACCCGUGACUCCUCAAGCUUCUGCCGAUCAACCAGAGAGAAGACAUAAAGAUGGAGAAAAGUGGAGGAAACUUCCAUUGGAAAAGCAGAAGAGAAUUUACGAGAACACUCUUUUCCCGCAUAUCAAGCCCGUGGUGGAUCAGUACAAACACAAGAUCCCUGACCAUCAUUUGAAACGAUUUGCCAAGGAGACUGCGAAGAAACUUGUUGAAAGUGAUUACAAGAAUAAUCGCGUCAAGGAUCCCACCGCGAAGAUCUCCACGAAGCACCAGCAAACCGUGAAAAAUUACUGCAAGACCUUCUUCCGCAAGGCUGCAGCCAAAUAUGUGGAUCGCGAGAAGCUCGAGAGUGAGAAGUCGCAGGACGCCACCCCGAACCCCGGAAACGAGGUUCACAGCACAGGCGACGACGAAGCCGUCGCAGGUGCACCUGCUAGUUCUCCCCUGGAAGACGACGACGCCGCGUCUCUCAAACGCAAGCGAAACGGAAACCUGAACGUUGACGGUGCUGAAGAUGGAGCCGCCUCUCCCUCCAAACGACAGAAAUCUACACCCCCACCCCCUCCUCCCCCGCCUCCUCCAGCAGAUCUUCCUGAAGAUGAUGCCGACGGUGACACCAGCAUGGGAAACACUGGAGAUGACCCUUCACCUCCGAAAGACGGCUCCAGCACUGCAGUCGAUGUCAACAUGGAGAUAGAAGCGGAGAAUGAACCACAAAUGGAGCAACCUCAGCUCAGUAUCGAGGGACAGGUGUAG